CGCCGGUUCGAGUCCCGCGCCCGCGCCCCGCCCGGCUGAGGUUUGUCCCUGAGGAGCUGAGCUGUGCCUGUGACAGAUGGCAGCACCCCGGUGAGCAGCGACAGCCACGGGACAGCGCAGAGCCCAUGGAAUAGAGCAGCAGAGCGACUCCGAGCAGCACCGGGGCCAUCCCUUGGCAGAGGCAGAGCCGGACAUGCCCGAGCCAGCCCCGCUCGGCGGGGACAGGAGAGCGGCGGAGAAGAAGCAGCGGGUGGAGAAGGUGGGAGCCAAGGGCAGCGCUGCCGGGCCGCCAGUCCCCAGGAGCCUCCCCGUGCCCAGCAAGGCGGAGCCGCCCAGCCUGGACCCCGCGGAGGAGCCGCUGCUCUGGGAAGGGCUCACCCUCAACAAGUGCAUCCUGGUGGCCUCUGUGGUGGCCCUGCUGAGCGUCACCUUCCAGGUGCUGCAAGCUCCAUGCUCCAAGGAGGGACUCGCCCGUGGCCACCAGGAGCCUCCACCUCCUCCCGUUCCCGAGGUUGUGAGCCCCAAGGUGGAGGUGCCAGAGGCGGUGACUGCCCAGCCUGCGCCGCCACCCGAGAGCAGCGCGGUGGAGGAGGAUGAUGAUGAUGAUGAUGGUGACGAUGACGAUGACAGCGAAGCUGACAGCAACCUGGGAGAACCCUGGAUCUUCAAGAAGUGGUUUGGCCGUGCAACACCAGAGGAUGAGGAUAAGGACGGGGACAAGGAUGAAGACAAGGAUGAGGAUGAAGACAAGGAUGAGGAUGAGGACAAGGAUGAAGAACCUGCAGAUGUCCCCGGGGUGCCAACGGCUGUGAUGGAGGGGAAGAAGAGCCAGGAGAAGCAGGAGAAAAAGGUGGAGGAGGAAGAGGAAGAAAAGGAGGAGAAGGAGGAAGAAAAAGAAGAGAGUGAGGAGGAGGAAGAUGAGGAGGAAGAGGAGAAGGAGGACAAGAAGAAGGAGGAGAAGAAGGAAAAAGGCCGGGAAGGCCGAGCUGUCCAUGCGGAGCGGAGCAGCCGGAGGGAGCCACGAGCCAAGGACAGGGACAGACCCGGCCGAGCCCCCCGGGCCCCCAGGGAACCCGAGCAGCAGCCGCAGAGGAAACGGGACCGGGAGAGGAGGGAGAGGAAGGAGAAGCAGCGGGAGCGGGAUGAGCCCAGGAGGGAGGGGUGGAGGGGCCGGCCCGGCAGGGCUGAGGGCGGCCGGGAGAGCCCCAGGCGGGACUGGAAGCAGCAGAAGGGCAGGAGGCCCUGGGAGCCGAGCAGGGACGGCAGGGCCAGGGAGGGCAAAAGGCGCGACUGA